AUGAGAAUCGACAAACCAGGAGUUUCACAGACAAACAACAGCCAAAACAAUAUUAACACACCCAUCAGAUCAUUCUGUGGUCGUAACCCUCCGAUCAUUCUAUCAAAUUUUGUCAACAACCGCAAUUCUACCCUAGCUGAGAUCAGAAGAAAGCUUUCAAGCAACGAUGUCUUCUAUGCUACAGCACAGAGUUUAUCAGAAAAAGACUCCGUCUUUGGAGCUGCUUUGUGCAGGAACUACCUCUCCACAGCUCAGUGUGUGGCUUGUUUCGAUGAGGGUGUAGCUCAACUAAUCGGCUGCGUUACAGGCAAUGGCGCUUAUGUUUUCUUGGAUGACUGUUUUGUCAGGUACGAGAACUAUAGUGACUUCUAUGCUAACCCAGAUGUGGUCGAGGAUGCUGGUAUAGCCCCACUUCAAUUAUGUGGCAAUCAGAUGCCAUAUCAGCCAUCUAUUUUUACCCAAGCUGUAGAUGGGUUGUUAUCAGAUAUUAAAGAUGCCACUCCAAAAACCACUAAUUUCUAUGUAGCAUCUACAAGGCAAAACACAAAUGGAAAUGGAAAUGGAACUGUGUAUGCUAUUGCACAGUGUAUUCAAAAUAUAACCCAAAACAUUUGCCAAAACUGCAUCAAUGCAGCGUAUACCAGUUUAUCAAAUUGUCUUCCUAACACAGAAGGAAGGUCUAUCUACAUGGGUUGUUUUGCAAGGUAUUCAGAGACUCCAUUCUUCAACGAUAACCAGACAACAGACAUCACAAAUUUUAUAAAAGUUGUUGGGCAUUCAAGUAACGUGCCCAAAAUUGUUGGAGCAAUUGGCAGUGUAGCUCUUAUAUUCAUUUUGAUUGUUUAUUGGUUAUGGUUUCGACUGUUAAAGAAAUCUAAGAAGAUAAAAGAAGGCGAACCAGACCUGGAUGGGAGAAUUAACUACAAUUAUAAACAUCUGCAGUCCGCAACAAACAAUUUCAGCGAAGAUAAUAUUUUAGGAAGAGGAGGUUUUGGUGAUGUGUUCAAGGCGCUUCUUGAUGAUAACAAUAUUGUGGCUGUUAAGAAAAUUCAAGUGGGGAAUGCUAAAGCAAAAGAAGAAUUCGAAAACGAAGUGAAGCUCAUAAGUGACGUUCACCAUCGAAAUCUUCUUCGUCUCUUAGGAUGGUCAAGCGAAGGAUCUAAUCUACUUCUUGUCCUUGAAUACAUGCCCAAUGGCAGCCUUGAUAGAUUCUUGUGGGGUGCAAAAAAGGGGACUUUGCACUGGAAACAACGAUAUGACAUAAUAUAUGGGUUAGCCAGGGGUCUUGCUCAUCUUCAUAAUGAAUUCCAUGUAAAAAUCAUACAUAGAGACAUAAAGUCAAGCAACAUUCUCCUUGAUCAUGACUUUCAACCAAAAAUAGCAGAUUUUGGGCUAGCAAGGUUUCACCCAGAUGAUCUAAGUCAUAUUAACACCAAGUUUGCCGGGACAUUGGGCUACGCAGCGCCAGAAUAUGCACUUCAUGGUAUUUUAUCAGACAAAGUGGAUACUUAUAGCUUUGGCAUCGUAACUCUUGAAAUCAUUAGUGGAAGAAGGUGUAGUGACAGGAACAUUGAAAGAACAUCCGUGGAUUACCUGUUGGAACAUGCUUGGAAGUCAUACGAAAGUAAAAAGCAUGUUUCGUUUAUUGAUGAGACGCUAGAUGUGAGCCAUAACCAAGAGGAACAUAUGAUGCAUAUCAUUGAGAUUGCUUUGUUAUGCACUCAAUCACCAGCUUCAAAAAGACCAACCAUGUCAGAAGUUAUUUUGAUGCUAACAAAUGGCCAAUUAAUGGGGAUUAGACAAUUAACCAGACCUACUCUCAUUGAUCAUGAUAGGAGGAUUCAUAUAGGAUCUCCAUAUAUGGUUACCAACAUUGGUAAUGAUUUUGGAAUGCCAAAUGGAUCAGAGGCAAGAAAAAAGGCACAAGUAUAUAACAAAGUAGACAUAAUGGAGAAGGAGGUCAAUGUUGCAACAAUCUAGAUAUUUUUCUUCUUACCUUGAUAAUCCUUAGGGUUGAUCAAUCAUGGUGUGUUUAGUAUAUUGCUUAAAAAGGAAAAUGACCAAAAAGAGGUUGCUUGAAACUCUCUUUAUUUUAUUUUUUUAAUUUGGAAACCCAACCCAUUCUAUGUUGUUUAAUAAAAUUUAAGGGGUAUAUUACGUAAAUUAUGCAAAAUCUUAGGUAUCUUACCUAACAACUGUCCCACAUAACUUUGGC